GCGCCGUCCGGUGGUGAAGAGGCGGAACUGCAGCCGCUGACCCACAUGUGGCCGGACGGCGUUAAAUGUACCCCUAAAACGAGCGCAAGUGCUCAUGAAAGUGCACAAAAAGUGCGUGUUUUUGCGCUGAGGAGCGUCCUGUGUUUUGUUAUAUGAUCUGAGGCGUGUGGAGGGAACUGUGUGGAGGUGAGUGUGAGCUGAUGACAGAACAUGCUAACACAGCUAGCCGCGUCACACUGAUAAACAACAAGUCUAAACUUAUAAACAUCACCUAUAAACAUCUUUACUAAACAUCUAUAUGUGUCUCUGGGUGCUAUCCAUACCAAGUAUUCAUAUGAUACUGACUUAAGUGAGUAUAAAACGUUCAAACUUCAGGUGAGUAAAUAGUGAGAGAAAAUAAAGAGUGAUAAACAUGAUCUGUGAGCUUCUAAACUGUUAUUCAUGAUAUGUUAUAACAUGUGUCUUCUGUGAAUGUACUGGUACAGUGAAUUAGGGCUCAGAGCAGCUGUGACCCGGAGCCAAAGAUGCAAGAGGGGCCCGAACAGGGUGAGCAGAGUGCGGAGGAGAGUUUGGAGGAUGAAGAGGCCCAGCGAUGCCCGAUCUGUCUGAACCGACCCAGAUGGGCAGAAAGAGCUGUACCCGACUGCUGCAGACACGUUUACUGCUCGGCCUGCAUCCUCCGUUGGGCACAGAUGGUUCAGUCCUGCCCGGUGGACCGAAGACCCUUCAGUGUGAUCUACCUGCAGGGCUCAUCACAGCAGUCGAUCAAGCUUCCUGUGAAAGUGGCCAGACUGUCAGACCCACACGAGUCCUGCAUUCAGGAUGCUCAGAGAAUGUGUCGUGUCUCUGUGGGAGAGACUGAGAAAAUUGAGAGAAUGCAAGAGAAAAACACUAAUGCCAAACAGAAAUGCCACAGAAAAUGUGAAACAGAUGCGUCUGUGCAUAAAAACAAAAAGGUGAGAGGAGACUCAUGCCACUCUCUUCUACAUACUCAGCAUUUUCACUCAUCACUGCCCGACCAGCAGGGUACGGCAGUGGGCACUCACACUCAGAUCAUAACAGAAUCUGUUGAGGUUUGUGAGGAGGGGCCAGAUGAUGUCCAGUGGAGGAGAAUAGAGAGAAAGCGGCGGUGGCUACCUGCCUCUGUGCCUGUCCUUUCUGCAGGUGUGCCCAGGUUGUCCCUGCAAUCACACUUGCUCCUGUCUGCUGUCUCUGCCUCUCUGAAUCUGCUGCUCCCUGAACACUCUGUUUGUGCCAUCACCUGUCCCAAAGGUGAGGAGAGAAAGGGAACCAGGGGCUCUGGAUCAAAGAGCUCCGCAAAGCCGGCAGAAGCUGUUGCAACCCGACGCUCCUCUCGGCACAGUCGUGCUGAGACGGAGGAUUCCACAGCUGCACAGUCGCAACCAACAGAUACGGACAUCUCUUCCACUGACCCCACAACUACACCACAAACUGUAAAUGAUACUCAUGCUUCUACAAGCAGAGGCCAACAGGGGAACAAUCGGCGGUCUGGAGCGAAGACAAAAGGUCGUGCAAAGAAGAUGAAGGUGGAGAAACAUGAUGAUGAGGAACGGGAAGCAGAGGCUGAGAAUCACAAAGAAGAUGGAGUCACAAAAGAAGCAGAAUCCGAGGAAUCAAGAACUGACCUGGAAACAAAAGCUGCUCAGAGCUCUGAUCAGGUUGAUAGUGAAAAAGAACCAUUGGAUAUGGAGCAGAAGAUGGAAGUAGAGAAUCAGACAAGUCCUGUUGAGGAUGAACGUGUUUCCCCUGAUGCUAAUGACCAGGAAGAAGAAUCUGUUUCCCCUGAAGCUAAUAACCAGGAAGAGGAAACAACGGUAGUGGAGGAAACGGGCACCAAGAGUACUGUUGAUGAAGAUGAAGACAAUCAGAUACUUUCACCAGGAGAAAACAACCAAGGAGUGGAGGAAUGUGAUGAAGACCAAGUGGAAUCAACAAAUGUUUCUCCAGUAAUUGAGGAAGACUGUCUGCCUCAGUCCUAUGCUGAGGUGCAAGAGCCCCAGUUUGUUUCUCCAAAUGUUGAAUCAACUCUCUAUGUAAAACCAACAGCUCUUCUUACAGAAGCUGCAAACAAGAUCACCGAUCUGGAAUCAGAGCCUGACACCACAGCAGAGAAGUCUGAUGAAGGUCCCAAGCAAGAGCCCAGCAGCCUUCCGUCUGAGUCAAGCAACCUUCCAUCUCUCCAUGUGGACCAGAACACCUGCCCAUCAGAUAACAAAUUUGGAUUGGUUUCAACAGAGAAUGCCUCCCCGAAGUCUCUGUUCACAUUGAGUCCUCAGGACAACACUGACCUCAUCCCCAUGGACUGUGAUUCACCUGCAUCUGAGAGUGAAGCCGAUGCUGUCAAAGUUGAGAAGGGUACUACUGCUAGCGUGCCUCAGAUCUCCAAUGAGACAGCUAUUCAAGACCCUAUGCACAAGCCUGACUCCGGUACGGAGCAGAAAGGCGCAGACAAAAAGGAUGGACGAUCACGCAGGUCUCGUUUUCACUCGCCUACGACCACCUGGUCUCCCAGCAGAGAGUCUAAAAGCGAAGGAUCACGCAAGUCAAGGUCUCGUUCACGGGACCGUAAUCGCAAGACUCGUUCCACAUCAAGAAGUCGAGAUCAGCAAGAAGACGAACGAGACAGUAAACAGAACUGUAGUAGAGAGCGCAGUCGUAGUCGAGAACGUAGCCGUAGUAGAGAGCGAAGUCGCAGGCGACGCAGUCGUUCCAGGUCCAGGAAUAGGACCAGGCCCAGCCACAUUAGCCCAUCCCAGGAACAUUCCGAUCCUGGUGGCCACUUUGAUUUUGGUGGACGUUCUGAUCACGGUGGCCUCGGUGGUCGCACUGAUUACGGUGGCCGCAUUGACCAUGGUGGCCGCUAUGAUCAAGGUGGCCACUCUCCUCGCAAGAGGGACUCAUUGGGUGGGGACGGUUGGCAGAGCAGAGGGGGUGGACGAGGAUUCCGCAAUUCCAAUUGGCGAAACAACUUUGAGAAGCCUGGUCAUUUCUCAACAAGAGAGCCCAUACUUUCAGACAAUGGCAACUUCCACGAGGCAUCACCAGACAGGGGCAGAAAUGAGGACCCGGACUGGGUAAGGGAGAGGGAGAGGUCUUGGGCGGACACUGAUACCAGAGGGCGGGAGCCACGAAGGGAAGAAAAUAUGAGCAAUCCAUCUGCUGAGUCGUGGUCUCGAGGUGGCUGGAAUGUUGAGCAGGAGCAGCGUUCUGCCGGACGUGGCAGGGGUGCGCACUGGGCUCCCAACCAGCAGGGGGAACCAACCGAUAAUAGGAAGCAACGUACUUAUUUCUCAGGGACAACGAAUAACAUGGAUUCUUACAAUAGAUUCAAUGAAAACAGAAGUGGAGGGAAGAGAAAAGAGUCAGAGGGUGCUGAUAAUCCACUGGAUCGUUCAGGGUGGUCGUCGGCCUCGAGUUGGGCCGUGCGCCGAAAGCUCCCUGCUGAUGUGCAGAACUACUACUCUCGCAGGGACAGAGGGGGCGGGAACAAUGCCUGGAACAAACAAGAUGAAGAUCAAGGUGCAGCAGGUCUCUCUAAACAACCAGAUCCUCCCCAGAAUGAGCCAAAUGCCCCCCUGUCAACCGAGGCUGUGCCAGCCCUUCCCGCCCUGAUGCCCCACCAACUUGGUGUGAUGGGGCUUCAUCGUUACCCCAUGACGCCUCUCAUGCCCAGACCUCCAGUGGGUCUGCAGCCUCCCCAGUUCAGCAUGCCUCCGCCAGUACCAGUUCAGUUGCACCCCACUGGACCUCUUCUCCAGGUCCCAAUGGCUGUGCAGGGAUUGCCUCCACCCCCACCACCACCUCCACCCAUGCAACAGGGCGGCUUUACUGUGGUACCCACUGAAACCCACCCAAAUCAGGUGAUGCCCAGUUUUCCUGUCCCAGGCAAAGGCUCUUUUAAACCCAUGCCAACCAAAGUAGGUGCAGGACCGCCUCCCCCUACUGCUGUACUCAGUGUGGCCCAACCAUCCUCUACCACCACCACCCAAACUGCCUCUCACAGUAAGGCUCACGCCGACAGCUCAAAGAAAGAGAAGAGAUUGCAGAUUCAAGAACGAGCCGUCAAUGAAGUGAAAGCAGCUAUAAAGCCAUAUUAUCAAAAGAAUGAAAUCAACAAGGAGGAAUAUAAAGAGAUUGUACGCAAAGCUGUGGAAAAAGUGUGCCACAGCAAGAGUGGCGAGGUGAACGCUGAUAAGGUGGCCAACCUAGUGAAAGCAUACGUCGACAAAUACAAAUGCAUUCGCAAAAACAAAUCGGAGAUGAGUUGAGGGUUGGUGUUCUGCUUGACUGCACAAGUGCAAUUCAUCCACCAUUGGCUGCUGCAGGUGUCACUGACUGGAGCCGUUCUUAACGUAUUUACAUAUGAGAAUUACGAUUUUUCUAGAGAUUACAUAUUUUGUUUAAUUUGGAUUUGAUAUAGUGCAAAUGCCCUUUAUUGGAUUGUGUCUCAUGAGUAUGUGUGUGGGGUGGUGGGGGUCUUAAGUGCUGUGAAAUGUGGGGGGUAAAAGGUCUAAAAUGGUGUUACUUUAAUUGCAUUUUGCUUCUAAAUUUAUAGUAGCAAAGAAAAAUGAUUAAUCAAAGCAAAUUAUUCGAGUGGUACGACUGGACCUGUCUGUCUCUCUUUCUUUCUCAGUAGUCGUCCUAUGGACCUAAACAUAAAGAGUUGGUCAUUUACCCUUUAUAAACGUGAAGACAAUAUGGAGUAUAUGUGCAUUAGCUUUAUUAUUUCCUGUUAAUUAUUCCCUGCAGAUCGUGUGUUUGAAUGUGUGAUUAAAUCAUGAUCUUACGUGGAAGAAAAAAAACACUGGUAGUUUGUAACUGAGAUGAUGAUUUUUGUCAUAUAAAGAUUAAAGUCCUGUACUUACGUUUGUGCAGUUCAAUCACUGUUUACCCUCCCAAAAGCAAUGAAAUAAACCAGCUCUCUGUA